CUCAAGGGUUUGACAUUAAGUAAAACCUCCAGCCUGUGGGUGACUUUCUUCAACAAAGAAGAAUCCAAACAGGGAGUGAGCUCAGCACGGUGGCCACCUUGAAGGUUAAGGGCACCCAAAGUUGUCUUUGUUUCGGUGAUCACUGCAUUCAUGGCGAGGACUGUCGAAAAAGGGAAGUGACCAAAGGGUCUGGACCCCUGCUGGGGACACGCGGGUCUGUGUGACACCGCCUUCCACCGCUAGAUGGAGACAGCGGACAGAACGAGCAUCUUGCAAACCACACAUUUCAUUAUUAUUAUUAUUAUUAUUAUUAUUACUACUACUACUACUACAAAGUUCUCCGCGGUCACACUCAUUUAAACACCCUGCAGUGAAAAUCAGCCGUUCCGAUGCAUUUUGGCUGUUAUGUAGCUUUAACUGACCCCCGUUUCCAAGGAACACCGACAACAGACAACUUGUACAUGUGACGUGUUUGCUGAAUUCACUGACCAUCAUCAUUUACACUUAUUAUUUCAUCUUUGCACAGAAGACGAGCGGACCUUCCGCGCGACUCCCUGCGCUGCAGCAUCAUUAGCAAGAGCGGUCAGGCACGUAGAGGAAUGAGAAUACGACUCGACAUAUCGACAUCGCGUUAAAUCAUGCUAAUCUGUUUUUACAUAAUCUGCAUUUACAAAAGAACACCUUUUUUUCCACACCUGCCCCUCUUUUUCAUCUUAUUUAUAAUAGAAUAUAUUUAAAUUUCAAAGGCAUAAAAGCCCCUGCAUUCUCAUGCGCAACGUCCUCGUUAUGAAUGGCCCCGAAUGGGCGUGGUCGGCCGCAUUGCGUCACACUGCGUGACAUCCGAUUGGUUCGCGUCACUCUCAUUGUGUUGCCAAUACGAAGGGGCGGGCUCCUUCCGCCAUGUGACCGACUUGUGGUGCGUCUCCGAUAGGCCCAAGAUAAACAGGUCUGCGCUUUUUGGCCCUGCUGAUUGGUCGGACUUCCGACUGGUGGGCGUGUCUCUGCCGCCGGAGAGGUGAAGUGAAAGGACUCCUCGGGACACCUUCGCUUUUGGACGCGUCGUAACCGAGACGAGAGCAGGAGCGGAGGACGGCUUUACUUUUGUAACACACCGGCGAAUGGAGCAGCAGCACGGCGCGAGCAGCUGCACGCGCCGCGGAGCCCCGACCUGCGCCGCCGCUGUCCCGCACGAGCCCCCCAUGAACGUGCUCGUGCGCUCCACGACCGGCACGAGCUUCGACCUGUGCGUGGCGCGCGAGGAGACCGUGGACGGGCUGAAGAGGCGUCUCGCUCAGCGACUCAGGGUACCGAAGGAGCGCCUGGUGCUGCUCUUCAGGGAGACGCGCCUGGGUUCGGGAAAACUGCAGGACUUCGGCGUCGUCGAUGGGAGCAAGUUGACACUCGUACCCACGGUGGAGGCAGGAUUAAUGUCCCAGCCCUCCCGACCCGAGCAGUCCGUCAUCCAGGCGCUGGAGAGUUUAACAGAAACGCAGGUCAGCGACUUCCUGUCAGGACGGUCGCCCCUGACGCUGGCCCUGCGCGUUGGCGAUCACAUGAUGUUCGUUCAGCUGCAGCUGGCAGCGCAGCAGGCAGGGGGAUCGCAGCAGCAGCAGCAGGGGGAAGGCGCUCCGGGACCUGGCUCAUCACCCAAGGCUCCCCAGUCCCCCCACUCGCACCCCUCUGCCACCCCCCACCAGGCACCCUCCUCACAUCGUGGCAGCCAUGUUCACUCACAGCGGCCUUCUGGAUUGCAGAGCCCCUCCCCGCCGGCGUCCUGCCCUCAGGCUUUCUGCAGGCCGGGUAGCCCCGCCCGCAGCGCCACGCCUGCAGCUCGCUUCCGCAGGCCGGGUGCCGUCAUCGAGAGCUUUGUGAGCCAUGCUCCUGGAGUCUUCUCUGGAACCUUCUCAGGCACCCUCCACCCCAGCUGCCAGGACAGUAGUGGACGGCCGCGCCGCGACAUCAGCACCGUCCUGCAGAUCCUCAACGACCUGCUGAGCGCCACCCGCCACUGCCAGGGAGCCCCCCCUCCGCUGAGCCAGCUGCGCCGGCAAGCGGCCUCGUCCCCGCCCCCUCCGCCGGCCACUCCCGCCGCGACCGCGGGCUCCCCGCACCCCCUGGUCCAGAGCCAGAUCCGUGUGUGCGACCCGCCAGCGGGUGACGGGCUGCGCCAGACGGAGAACCGUGCCACGCGCUGCAAGGUCCAGCGGCUGCAGCUGCUCAUGCAGCAGAGGCGGUUGCGGCGCAAGGCGCGGCGGGACUCGCGCGGACCCUACGGCUGGGCGGCGGGACGCAAGGCGGGACGUAGCGACAGCAACAGCAGCCUGUCGAGCGACGGCUCUCUGGACCUGGACUUCGACGACUCCGUGUGGAAGCCCGGCGUCAAGGCCGACCUCAACUCGGAGUUUGUCGUGGCGUAGCAGGAUUGGGGAGGCGGGGCGCGGGUGGGAGGAGCCUCUCCGCGGACAGCCUGAACGACCGAUGAGGAGGAACAAAGCCCCCCCCCCCCCCCCCGGCAGCAUCCCGAGCAACGCGGGGGCAGCAGAACUCCGGCGGUCAUCGCUCUGUUUUGUUUGAGUCCUGCGAGGGGUGUCCGCAGCGGACCGACCGACCGACCGACCGCACGGACGCUCUCCGCUCUGUGGGCGGAGCAUCACUCUCACGGACAUGUCUGGUUUCCUCUGGGUCCCACUCAAGAUGUAGCAUUGUUCACGAAGCAUUCAGGGUUUGCAGACAAAACUUGUUUUGCACAUUUUUUUUUUUCUUUCGGGACUGCGACCGUGUGUCCAGUUUAAAGAGGACCGUUCUCAUUUGUCCUUUUUCUGACACGCAGUUCUGACUGAGAACAGCGAGCCGGUAGAGCUCGGGUUCGAACCGUUGGUUCAGUAAAUAGUCAAUUUUUCAUCCGUACAUGGUUUCUAAACACAUGUCAUUUGCAGUGAAUGAGGGGAACAUGAGCUGUUAAAGUAGCGUGCGCGCGUGUGUGUUUGCGCGCACUCGCCCCGGCCCCAUUGUACAUUGACAUUACAUUGCGAAGGUUCCGCUCUUGUCUAGAUGCCCGCUGCGGUCUCCCGGUUGUCCUGUACGCUCAAACUCUUGCUGGCUGAGUCCCGGGUUCGAGUGGCAGUGUCGUUGGAGCCUAGAGACUUUGGCUGUCCUCCGUGUUAAGUGGCACUUCAGGGGGGCGUGUGCUGCUACCCCCUCCUCCGCGGGGGGUCGGUUCAUUCCGCUUGUUGCUCCCGGAGACGCUUCUCUGCGGCCUUUCCCUCACCCCGAUGGCCCUCGGGACGCGGGUGCCACAGUGACGUCUUGAAUCCUCAGCACCUUAAAUCGCUUCCCACGGGCAAGCGGCGCCCCCAGCAGGGAGCCAGCAGGAGUGACCUUGUUCUCUCACUCUCUCUCUCACUCUCUCUCUCUCUCACACACACACACACACACACACACACACACACACACACACACACACACACACACACACACACACACACACACACACCGGUGCCCCUUCAUUGUGUAGCAGACUUUCUUGCGGGAACCUAGCCUCCUGAGUUGUAGUUACAGGGCCCUGUAGCACACGUUACUGUAGUAAUUUAUAAAAGCACCCCGGUAACUGUGAAACGAGGCAUUUUGGUGUGUCUCAGGGUGGGUGGGGGCUCAGCUAGUGAUGGCUAAUGAAUACAGCGUAUCUUUUGUGAAAUAAUUUUUCAUAAACGGCUAUUUUUUUCAAUGUUCCAGUGUGACAUGUGAGAAAUUCUUUUCUUUCGUAGGUUAAUAAAUUGAAAAGGAUUUGAAACCUG